AAGCCAGUGGAAUUUUCCAGCAACUCAUUCAUUCAAAUUCCGUUUUGAGGACCGGUACAGAAGCGCGCCUUUUAGUAUUUCCCAAUCAUUUUUGGUGUUUUCGAAUCGAUUAAAGUGAUCCGCAACGUAUCUAUCGUCCAUCAUAUUACAUUUCAAUAACACUUCCAUUAAUUAUCCACAUUUCCGAAGCUUCAACAUGUCUGAGCAGCAAAUCAACCUCCCAGCCAAGCUCAUCAAUGGUGGUAUUGCUGGUCUUGUUGGUGUCACUUGUGUGUUCCCCAUUGACCUGGCUAAAACAAGACUCCAGAACCAGAGACAAGGUCAACAGGUCUACAGGAACAUGAUGGAUUGUCUAGCAAAAACUGUACGAUCAGAGGGGUACUUUGGCAUGUACAGAGGUGCUGCAGUAAAUCUUGCUCUUGUCACACCUGAAAAGGCCAUCAAGCUGGCAGCCAAUGACUUCUUUCGUCACCAUCUUUCCAAGAAUGGGAAGGGGCUGUCAGUGUUUAAAGAGAUGCUAGCAGGUUGUGCUGCAGGCAUGUCCCAAGUAAUCAUUACUACUCCUAUGGAGAUGCUUAAAAUUCAGCUACAAGACGCUGGAAGAUUAGCUGCUCAGCAGAGAAUGCCGUAUAUCCUGAAUUCCAAUAAGCUUAUUCAAACAAACACUUUGCUGAGCCGCUCUUAUAACGUAGUGCCAAGCUCUGCUGCCCAAACCAUCUCUGCAACACAGAUUGCCAAAGAGCUUCUACAUAAAGAGGGCAUUCAAGGUCUAUACAAAGGCUUAGGGGCAACACUGAUGAGAGAUGUGCCCUUCUCCAUCGUCUACUUCCCUCUUUUUGCUAACCUUAAUCGUUUGGGUAAGCGUUCUGAAGAUGGUGUGGUGCCAUUCUACUGGUCGUUCAUGGCUGGCUGUGCAGCUGGUUCAACUGCUGCAGUGGCUGUUAACCCAUGUGAUGUGAUAAAAACAAGGCUUCAGUCUUUGAACAAAGGUGCUAAUGAGGAGACGUACAACGGAAUUCUCGACUGUGUGAGCAAAAUCAUGAAAAAAGAAGGACCAUCUGCUUUCCUAAAGGGGGCGAGCUGCAGGGCGCUCGUCAUUGCACCUCUUUUUGGCAUUGCUCAAGUUAUGUAUUUCGUUGGAGCUGGUGAAUUUAUUCUUGGCCAAAGGCCAUUUAACCUCCUGUCUCCCUAAAUCUCCAGAACAGCCUCCAUUGAAUCUAUGCUGGGGACCUGAUACACACACAAGCAUAAAUAUACUCAGAUCUGGAGUCAGAUCAGCAGUUUUUGUCAUAGUUUGUUUCCUGAUCUGGUUUCCGGCCUUACUGCACUUCCUGUCUGGUUUGCACACAGUUUGUGUUUCUGUGACAAACGUCUUUGCACUUUUUGGAAAGAGCUUUUGCAAGAGGUGUGAAUGCAUGAUGGUGCUCUACAUCCUUCUAGAAGGAUCUAUAGGUGUUUCCCCUCAAUGAGGGAGGACUGUGUCACUAUGGAGGCACGUAUCAAAAUGACUACUUCCUUUUUGUGCCGUGUCUCUAGUCAGUCAUCUAUUUGUGUUUUCCUGGAUUACUUACUGUGUCAUUGUAUUAAUGUAGUCCACUAUUUAACAUAUUGUUUUAAAUAGUAGUUACAGCAGUUUGGGUUUUUUUCCAUUCCUAAGUUUUCACUCUUAGAUUGUGGGCAAAAGGAUUUUGUGGCACUAACCAUUGACACCCCUAAGUGGAUGUCUAGUUGUGUGGACCAGUUAAAUCUAAACGUGCCGUUGAAAACCCAUUGUCUAUAAACAAGGCACAUACCAUUAUUGAGAUUUUUAACUGUUUCUGAUACAGUGAAUAACUGUACCUAAAGCAAAACAUUCUCUUUCCAUUAUUCCUUUAGUGUGAUUUUUUUUUUCCCUCUACAAGACUGGUGGUUUCCUUAUUAAUAUGCACCAGACAAUUUCAAAUGGUAAUAAUCUACCAUAAUGUGGUGUAAAAGAAACCACUUCCAUUUGGUUCCUAGAGGAGAAUAUCCAUAGUUUGGUUUCAUUCCAGUAAUGUGGAAGUGCUGCUUCUGAGUAAAACAAUUACUGAAUGAAUGGAAUAUGUAACUGCAUUAUUAAGUAAACAUUUUAUUUGUUUAUCAUGUCAGAACUGUGAAGGUCCUAGAUAAAGUUUUAUGCAUAAUACUUCAAUGGCCCUUAUGGCUAGGUAUGUUGAUGUAAACUGCAGUCAGCUUAAACAAGGCUAUGAAUCAUCAUGAGUCAGUGUUUAACUGUUUUUGAAGACUAUCAUAAGGUGUUACAAUAUCAUUUUGUACUGUUAUUUGCAAAAAACGAAAUAAACCUGAACAUGUAGCUACAAAA